AUGUCAAGGAGGCCUGUGACGCAAGACUCUCUGAGGAUGCUCCCUAGCCUGCUGUCGGAUAAUGACGACGAUAAAAUCGUUGUCGUCUGCUCCAAGCGCGUCACAGUCGAGCCUGUCAGAGCCGAAGUCAGCGAACCUGUUGCCAAGAUCAAAGCUGUCAAGCCCGCUGGUGUUGAGGCCGACCAUCAUGGUUGUUUCAAAGCCUGCAGGUCAGUCAAGUUCGAAGCUGUGAAGUCCACUGAUAUUCAGACUGGCGCUCACGCCAGUGUCGAAGCCAAAGCCAACAUCGCAAUACACCGCUCCGCCUCUGAAGUCUCAGCAGCCGCACAGUCGGCCGAACCCAAGGCCCCACAGUCCUCUGAAGUGCAAGCCAGCCGCUGUACAGUUGAUCGCUCUAUCUUUGAAGUCUCAGCAGCCGGCGCAACGCGCCCCAGCAAUGAUGACAAAUUCGCCAUACCCUCUGCGACAACCAUUACUUCUUACAAAGAGGAAGUUACCCGCUGCUCUGACUUCCUCCGACUUCGGCAAGUCCUACGUACAUUUGAGUGGUAUAAGGAGGAGUUCCUGAAGACUGGCAAGAGCGCUCUCAUGCGCAAGUUCUGCAAAGGAUUUGACAAUACUCGUCGAGUCUACGACUAGUGGUUUGGAUU